UGGUGGCCUGGCUGAGAGGCAGCUUGGUUGGCUGAUCGGUGGCCCGGCUUUGGCUGGCGGGCCAACUGGCUGGCUGACAGGCUGUCUGGAUUGAUUGGAGGUCUGGCUGGCUACCUGGCGGUCGAGCAUUGGCGGUGGUGUGGACUGGGAUCAUCGCGGGGUGAUGCCGUGGCAGCGUUGAUCGGCGAGUGGGUGUGCACGAGGUGUGAGGAGAGCAGCAUGCUGUCGUCGGGAAAGCCGUCACCCCCACCAGCCCCGGCCACACCACGCGAAGACACCGAGCACACGGCCGAAGUUCCUGAGGUGCGCGGGGCUUCGUGUUUGCCGACUCCAUCCGCGUCCCCAUCCCCGGCGAGCCAGGGAGACGCCGAACGGAGUCCGCCACACCACAACGGCGCCGAGGGGCUGAAGCUGCUGGAGCCAGCUGAUUGGUCGAUCGCCGACGUCGUGAGCUACUUCCGCACCGCCGGAUUUGAGGAGGAGGCGCGCGCCUUCCAGGAGCAGGAGAUCGAUGGGAAGUCGCUGCUGCUCAUGAAGAGGAGCGACGUCCUCACGGGCCUCUCCAUCAAGCUGGGGCCCGCGCUCAAGAUCUACGAGUUCCACGUCAAGGCUCUGCAGAGCCACCACUUCCACAACGACGCCUCCUACUGACGCGGCGACACCGACACAGUGACACAGUGACACACUGACACAGUGACACAUUGACACCGAAACACUUCCACAACGACGCCUCCUACUGACACGGUGACACCGACACAGUGACACAGUGACACAGUGACACAUUGACACCGAAACACUACCACAACGACGCCUCCUACUGACACGGUGACACCGACACAGUGACACAGUGACACAGUGACACUGACACAGUGACACACUGACACAAUGACAGAGUGACACAUUGACCCCAAACACUGACAGAGCGACGCCUCCUACUGACACGGCGACACCGACAGGGACGGCGACGCACUGACACAGUGAUAUCUCACACUGACACAGUGAUAUCUCACACUGAAACUGACGCAGUGACACCGACGCGGUGACACCGUGAGACUGACACAUUAACACAGUGAUAUCUCAUACUGACACGGCGAAAUCGACACCAUGGUAACAAUACAGCGCACAGUGAUACCUCACACUGGCUAACACAGCCGACCUCUGAGGUUAUAGGUCACCUUGAAAGAGUCGCUCAGGGACAUCAUCGCCCGCGGUCACAGAACUUCACGAGAUGCGCGACACGCAGAGACCCGCGGCAAGACACGGAAGAACGCAGGGAAACGCGUGGAGACGCAACGCAAUAGUCUCGUCUGCGACAGCCGCGUCGGAGAUGGGGGUUCGCCUGCAGAGCUCUACCCGGUGACCCACGAUGCACUGGGGCCAUCGUGCCAUUGCCUACGUUGCUUGGAGGCGGCCGGUGUGAACGUUUCCGUGCCAUCCCCGCCGACUGGCCCGAUAAACGCUCAGCUCCAGGAGGAAGAGAUUGAGCCAGGGCUGCUGAUGUUGGACCCAGAGGAAGUGCCAGCAAGGUGGGGGUGUGGCGAGGGGUCUGGCUCAGUAUCAUCGUCAUCGUCGUUUAAUAUUGACACCGCACCUCCCAUGCAAUCCGUCUCAGGGGUGGCCUGCGGCAGGGGGAGCCCCUCGGUGGGAGCUGCCCCCCCCCCCCCAGGCACAAAGUGAACACGGCACUGGCCACACGGGGCUCGGAGUGGAGCGAUGGAGAGUUGGUGGGGAUCGUGCGCCGGCCGGGUAAAGUAGACGGCUUGUGGAUGCCCCGGCCCCACCUUUCUGAGUAUUAUUGCACAAACUGAGCCGUGCCAGUGCCGUGCCAGUGCCGUGCCGGGCCGGCUCAGCAGGCACCGAGUCGUUUUU